AUGACACAAAGACAGCGCACCGAUCGCCUGCUUUCUUCAGCGAUGACUUCCCACCACAUCAACAGCAACUUCUCGCUGGCUAUCUUGGCCAGUGUGGGCGCUGGUGCAGCGCUCACCAUUGCCGGCCAAUACUGGCUUGCUCGUCGAAAACCGGAUGGCGAGACGGAUCCUUCCAUUGGGCACAGCCUUGUCUGGUCCAGCAUCGGCGGGGCUAUGAACGCGGCCAUGAUGUAUACUGGCGAUCGUCUGAAACUUUACGAAACUCUUCGAGAAAUGUGUGCAAAGCCUGCCUCUUCGGUGACGGCUAUUGAGUUGGCCGAAGCCACGGGGCUAAAUCAACGAUGGUUGCGAGAGUGGCUAGCGCAACAAGCGGCGAUGGGUGUCCUCAAGCUUUUAUCUGGAACGGAAAACGACGAUGCGGCACUUAGAUACCGAUUACCGAAAGCAACGGCUGAAGUUCUGGCCGACCCGGAUUCUAGAGAAUACGACAUUGCCAUGAUUCAAGCCGUACCGUCCCUUGUAAAUCGCGCCAAAACGAUGUUACCGGAAGCCUUCGCAACAGGAAUGGGACGGCCUUAUGACGAAGCAGACGUGGCCGAAGCCAUUGACCGGAAUCAUCGGAAGCACGUUCGCGACGUGUUCAUCCCGCUCGUCCUAAGGCCCGCUCUCGGGGGAAGUAUAGCGCAGCAUUUGGAGGAUGGCUGCGAUGUGGCGGAUCUGGGAUGCGGUGCAGGAGUCAUGCUCAUUUUACUAGCCAAAUCAUUUCCUAAAUCGAGCUUUCACGGGUUUGAAGUCUCUCAAGUAGCCUUGGAAAAGGCCGCUUUUCACGUUGCGGCGGCUCGCGUGUCUAAUGUCUUUCUGCAUAACGCCACCGAGCCUGGCGAAUCUUUGCGCGAUCAACCAAGUCAAUUUGAUCUUGUAGUGGUCUUUGAUGUUCUGCACGACUCUCCCUUUCCUGAUGAUUUGAUCCAGCAAGUCAAAACUGCUUUGAAGCCCUCUGGUGCCUGGUUGCUGGCGGACAUACCGAGCGCUCCCACGACACGAGAAAAUCUCGUACAAAUGCCCACCGCGUCAACGUAUUUUGCCUUUUCCACCUGCCUUUGUAUGAGCUGCUCAUUAUCCGAGGAAGGCGGCGCUGGUCUGGGUACUUUAGGAUUUUCCGUCCCUGUAGCUGAGAAAAUGCUCCGAGAAGGCGGUUUUAAAUUCGUCAAGGUCUUGCUAGAGAAAGACAAUGCACGGUGGUUCCUUGUGCAUUGAGUGACCCAGUAUAUGUGCUUCAAUACAGUGAACAAGACGUAGCAGUACAGCGGUAACACCGGGGGUACAUAACGUAUCGCUGAAGAAGGCGUUCAUGGAUGUGGCGUGGACGAAGGACUAAUGAAGAAUUGCGCCUUCAUAUCCAACGAAUAACGGAAAGACUAUAUCUAAUUUUACAGUUUUCGGUUGGUCCCUACCUUGCUGUGUCACAGGUAUCCAACAGCGGUUGGAGUUUAAUCAUCCGAACCCUUUCAGCGCCUCUAUUGUGAUCGCCUUGAUGGAAGGAUUUUCUAUUUUUUUCUUCUCCUCCACUGAAACGACGCGUUCGCGAUCCGCCAUUUUCGUAUUGGGACCACCUGGAUAUCCCGCAUGAUGCAUGAGAUACAAGCGCAUCGAAAUGGUAGCUACCGUCGAGCCGAUGACGCCUACUCCUAGCAAGAGACGUUUUGCCUGAGAGGUUUUGACGUCACGGUAUAAUGUAACGCAAAUAUGCGCCACGGGUGCAGCGAGGAUGGGGCCAAGAUAGACCCACUGCCGUUCCCUCACUCGAGCCAUGACAAUUUCCUGGUCAUGACUUUUGCCCGUUGACAUUGCUGCAAAUACUGUUGAAAGCGCAGAGACGCUAAAAGUUGAUUCAUUUGUUUGCACUACAGCUCAAUGGCGUGAUAUGAGCGUGGGAUAGGCAAAUGAUGCUAUUCGGUCCUAUCUAAUGGAAAAUGAAAUUUUAAAUAGCCUGUUUUCGGAC